AUGUGCUUAUCCAUAGACGACCUUCCACAUCUCAGAUUCCUCACUCUCGAGUUCACUGGCAUCGACGGAAAUACCCAUCUACCUGGCCAACCCAACACUCUUGCCUGGGAACGCUUCGUCGACUCGGCGGUAAACAAACUUACACUACCAGCACUGACUUUGAUGGUCAGGAUGUUCCAUGAGGACCUUGAUUAUCUGCCAAAUGGCGUCAUCUACGAUGAUGAUGCUCAGAUGGUAGCUGCAUACAAAGCUGCGUGUCAGCGCAUCUUCGACCCGCUGGCACAUGCAUUGAAGGGCCAGGAGCAUGGUCUUAAGAGGCUCUUUGUUGCUAUCUCCUCGCCGAUCGAAAACCUCAAGGUUAGUGGCGUCCGUGAUUAUGAACGGGUCCUGGAACGGUCGGUCAUGGGCGUAGACUACGAUAGUCAUGCUCUGGGUUGGGAUGUGCUGAGACGGAGGUGUUCUGCGAAAUAUGCCAACUUUGCGGGUUGCAAUUCUGACUCAGUCAACAACGAAGUAUGGGGCAUUCAUUAUUUCCUGGUUCAAAUUGAGAGCGGACAUAUCUUCACCAAGGAGUGA